AAAAGAUUUCGCGAUAUCUUAUUGAACAGGAUAUUUUUGUUUGUCGAAUGUCGUGAGAAAUUUACUCGCUCGCGACUCUUUGUUAUCCGACCAUAUCGUACCUAUAUAGUUUUCUUAGUGACAUUGUGUUGGCAUAGAUUUGCCCACGUCGGCUAGUCACUUGAGCGUUAAAGCCAUAGCGAGAGCAUUGGACAAUUUUUUAUAGUUGGGAUUAGUUGUCAAAUCGGGAUUUGAGGCAUAGUGAAACUGUGUUCUAUUACUGAAUACUAUAUCGAACUUCUGGGACUGAAAUAUAAAUAGAUUGGAUGAGUGGAAGCAAUAAACUCGCAAAUAUAUUUUGAGGAUAUGAAAGGAUGUCAUUUGAUCCACAUACUAAGCAAUAAAAAGACAUCGAUGGCAAAAUUCUUUAUUUGUUUCAUCACUAUUUGUUCAUUAUGUAAUGUCGGACAAUGUCUCAAUACCGGAAAUUGUGACAUAAAGAUCACAUUCGAUUCUGAUGUUGACAUGGAUGGAGAUGGUCAAAAUAUUCCCACAAUGAUAAGAUCCUAUCAUGUAACUUCACCAAUGGCGUGUAUCUCAGAUUGCUGCAAUGAUGAAUCAUGUACGAAUGUUGCAUACUCUCUGUCUGGUGCACGAGAUGAAUCAGAAUUAAAUUGCAUUCUAUAUGAAUGCAAGGACUACGAAUGCCCCACGAAAUCUAGUAUGGGAAGAUACGUUUACGAUAUCAACCCGAAAGGGCAAGAGACUGAGUCAACGUCUUCAACUAUUGCUGAGUCAGCAUCUGCCAAAACGCCAACUGCUUUAACUCCAACGGUUGCUUCAAAUAGUAACUAUAUGACAUUCACAAAAGAAACCCUUGCGACAACAACUGUGGAGACUAAGACUACAUCUAAAAUUUCGUCAACCACGGGAAUCAUGAUGCCUCUGACGUCUUCUAUUACAACAGCUCCCACAUACACCACCACAAUCCUACGAUCAACCGCUGAAAUACCGACGUCUACUUUACUGGAAGGUGUCUCAGUUUCAUUGAAUUCUACGUUAUCGGGAAGCGAUAUGUUAUCUCGACCACAAUCUCCACCUCAGACCACUUCUACUUUCAUCUUACCUACCCCGACGAGUGUAGAAUUGCCCUCGGUAGUUGCAAGUACCAAAUUACCACACCCACUGUUGAGUGACGACUCAACAUCGACAAGACAGCCCUCUUCAACAACAAAAAACGUGGUUCCCACAGUGGAGACAGGAUCCCCUACCACCAUUUCAACAAAGACUGCUACCACAAAAGGGAAAUUUGAAACCGUUUCUAUCUACGAAAUAACUACAGAUGCAUCUGGGUUUAGUGUGGGCAACAACCAAACAACGAUGUACAUUUCGCCGUUUCGUCAUAGCUACGGAAUACUUAUAACUUUUGCAGUAUUUGGACUCAUGAUUUUACUAACAACAAUUUAUGUAAUAUCGACUAGAUUGCAAGAGAGUUUGAAGAAUUAUCGUUACAGACAUUAUCGAAAGGUUGAGUAUCUUAUGAACGAUCACCGGUGGCAUGCUUGAUGCGAGUACUUUUUUAGUUUUUAAGCCAGUAAUACCAGGCUUGACAAAACCACUCUACUUUGUCAUCCAGCAAAGUCGCAAACUCUUUCGACUUUCCGGAAUCUACGAAUGUUCGGCCAGCUUUCCCUUGACCCUAUACGGCCAAUAGUAUUGGUAUAUCAGACUUUAUUGCAAAUCAGAGGCGACAGUAUUACAACGCCCAAUUUCACUUCGCGACCGCAACCAGACAUUUUGAAGAUAGAUCCUCUAAAAACACGCUCGUAUAAAACGAGUGCCACCUUCUCCUCAAUUUUAUUCGAAAUAUCAAGCUAUCUGAAAAUUCGAAUUGGGCGUUCUUGGUGCAAGGUGGAUAAGCCGUUUGACAGGAAAAGUUCGAAGCUUCAAAUUUUCUACGCGAACACACAGAUUUUAGUUUGCCCGAAAAUAAGACUGGGUCUUAGCACUAGGGCUUAUUUUCGAGGGAUGUCUUAUAUUUUCAUUUAUCAAAAACAAAAUUACAA